UCUAUGACUCUGCGAUGAACAUCAAGUUACGGAGGAAUGUAAUUAAUUUUUUUCGCAAUUUUUCUCAACUUGUUAUGCCCUUCUCUCCGUAAACUGAUAUUCCCCUCAUCUAGCCACCGUGCGCACUUUGCUAACUUUGCGGGCUAAAAAUGUGCCCAUCCCUGAAAUAGGGGAUUCCCCUUUUAACAUGUAUGCACACAUUCAAGCCGUGCGUGUCAAGUAAAGGGUAAUUUGUCAAGUAAGUUGCAUGCGAGUGGUUGCGUUCAAAGUUCGUAAUAAUAUGGCACCGAAAAAGAAGCUAACUACUUUUUAUUAAAGAGAAAAUGCAAAUUAUUAAUGUUUUCGAAAAAGAAAAGUUAUCAGUACGUGGAAUUGCAAAAAGUCCUUUCGAAAUCUAUCAGCAAUAUGGAGCGGAUCCCGGGGUCUACGUGUCCUCAUCCGCAGCGGCAGCAUUUGCAGAAGUAGGUGUAAGGAAUCCUGUGGUUAACAAGAAUUACGAUAUUAGUCAUGUGGCCAGAACCAUUGUCCCCAAAUUGGAUGAUGUUAUUUUUAGUUCAAAAGUUUCCGAUAAAUUCCGAUGCAUUUUGCCGCCCUUAGAUUGUGCAAGUGAUUCAAAAAACUUUUUAUAUAGAACAUUUGACGGCUCGUGUAAUAACUUUGAAUAUUCGGGCUACGGAAUGGCAACUUCUAGAUAUAAGCGGAUGUUGGCGCCAAAAUACGGUGACGGUGUUUAUUCUCCAACAGCUUCAGUUACAGGCGCACCGUUACCUAACGCACGGCUAUUAUCAUUGGGUUUAUAUGGCGAAACUUCCUUACCAGAUGACUUUCGAACGAUGGCAUUUCUUCAAUGGGGUCAGUUGGUGGCGCACGAUAUGACAAGCUUUCUUAAAGCGAACAUUACUGGAGACUGUUGCUUACAACCGGAAAACAAUUCUUGCUACCCAAUUUUUCUUUAUCCCCAUGGUCCAAUUACUCAGAGUACGUCUAAAAAAUGUUGGCAUUUUGAAAGAAGUGCUUCAGAUGCGGACACUAUGUGCCAUGAAACUGGUUCGCCUUAUUCAGAAAAAAUAACAACGACUUCAGCUUAUUUGGAUCUGUCAUUUCUUUACGGCAACUCUAAGAGUGAAAACAAAAAAUUUCGUGUUUUUAAAAGUGGUUUAAUGAAAACUAGUUUAGUGAACAAUCGCAAUUGGCUGCCAUUAUCAAUGAAUCCCGAAACUGACUGCGGGAAAGACAUUUACCAAUGCUUUAUUCUGCCCGAUAUGCGAAACCAAUUUAUACCUACAAUCGCAGUGUUACAUACGAUCAUUUUGCGCGAGCACAAUCGAAUUGCAAAAAUUUUGGAACGUUUUAACCCUCAAUACUCAGAUGAACGACUCUUCAACGAAGCAAGGAAGAUAAAUAUUGCACAGUACCAGAAAAUUACAUUUUACGAUUGGUUGCCGCUACUUAUCGGAACAUCGUAUGCUUACAAUAUGCACUUAAUACACCACACGACGAAUUAUGAAUAUGUGGACGAUUAUGCACCAACGGUUAAUGCUGCGCCUUAUGCAGAAUUUGCCGCGGCUGCUUUCCGAUAUUCACAUAAUCAAAUACCUGGAUGGUUUUCAUUAGUCUCAUCAAGACGAAAUUUCAAUCGAACUUUGCGAUUAAGUAAUCAUUUUGAUCGUCCCGAGAAUUUGAAUUUGAUAUGGGAUAGUGAUAACUUUGAUUCACUUAUCAGAGGUUUAUCUACACAACUCCAAAAGCGUCCGGACAGUAAUAUAGAUAAAGAGAUAAAACAUUACUUUGACCGCAAAAGCUUUGAAGAAUACGGCACUGACUUGAAAGCAAUUGAUAUACAGCGUGGACGAGACUAUGGAUUACCCUCUUAUAAUGAUAUGCGUGUAUACUGUGGUCUUUCUCGUGCAUACGACUGGGCCGGAUUUUCAAAUGAAAUAUCACCAGAUAAAAUUAUGUUUAUUGAAAAGAUGUACGCCUCUCCAGAUGAUGUAGAUUUAGCUAUUGGUGGUUCCUUGGAAUCACACGCACCUGAAUCCAUUCUUGGACCCACAUUUCAGUGCAUAAUCGGACGUCAAUUUGUCAAUGCUCGAACGGGUGAUCGUUUCUUUUUUGAACGUUACCAACCUCUUAGUGGAUUUUCGAAAGAUCAAUUGGCUGAAAUCCGUAAAGCUAGCUUAGCACAAUUAUUCUGCAACAAUGCCGACUUUUUGCAAGAUAUUCAAACUAAUGCUUUUAUUUUUCCUAAUAUUAGAAAUAAUUUGAGAAAUUGUAAAAGUCUCCCUCAAGUGGAUUUAUCAAAGUGGAAAUCACCUGCACAACAAAAAUCUAACUCAAAUUAAAAAAAUAUGUUUUAUAUAUGUAUGUACAUAGUAUGAAUAUUUUCCUAUCGCAAAUAAUAUUAAAAAUUAUAUGUAUAUAACUACAUUCGAUUUUGCGUUAGCAGAAAAAUGUAUAAUGACGUUGAGUAUAACACGAAUGCUAACAAUUUCAGAAAUGUGUAACAUACGGGUAUUAUAUUACUCUAAUCUUAUACCUUUUAUAUUAUUUUAAUAAAAAAUUGAAUUUAUAACUCAUUUAUAAAAAAAAUUUGUGACGAAUGUUAAAUUUUGUAAGUAAUGGAAAUUUUUCGGAAAGUUAUUCAAUUCAGAGUAUUAAUAUCACGGCUUUAAUCUAAACUUAUAUAAAUUUUUAUAAAAUUCCGUAUAGCAAAGUAAACCAAGAAUGACAAACGACAAAAUUCCGCCAAAUUUUUACCGUUCAUUUUUCGUUUUAUAUGUACAUAUGUGAACAGGUUUUACAAAACCAAAUUUAUGUGGAAGCUAUACAGAUUUGGUUUUAUUUCUAUGUUGCCACCUCUUAUUCUAUAGCUUAUCACGUCACGAUGGCGCAUAUUGUUUUUACCAUUUUUGAAAGUAAACCCUUAUUGUAGUAGGAAAAAGGAGACGUCAGCUUUACAUACUAUAUAAUUCUACUCCUCAGUACAAAAAUUAUAAGAAUGAAACCAAAUUUUGAAAUUUGGCAAAUUUUAAAAAAAAGUAAAUGAAUCUAACUACUCUUCUAGUGAAGACAAUCAUACUUUGUUUUAGAGUU